ACAAAUUUUGUUUUUAGUUUUAUUUAGUAGAUGGUUUAAUAUGAAGGAUAAAGGUGAAGUCGUACAGUCGUUAUCCUACGAAGAAUUUUUGUCUUCAGAAGCAAAAGACUUCACCGAUUCAUCCCCAGAAAAUUCAAAAAAGAAAAGAAAACGAUGCAGUAAUCCUAAGCGGACAGAAAAAGGACGGAAAUCUGAUGAUUCACCAGAUUUGUCUUUGAGCACGAACAAUGAGAAAAAGGAUAAAAAUUCAAGCAAAAAGGAAGAGUUUUCGAUCUCAAGAUGCUCGAAAUCAAACCUCAAGUCACAAAAAAUUUAUGAUAUUUUUACAAAAUCGGGAGAUAAAUUAGCAAAAACAACUAAAAGCAACAAAAAUUACGAGAAAAUAACCAAGAAAUUGAAGAAUCACGAUUGUGUUGUGGACCUAACUUCCCCAAAAACUUCAAACUCUGUUUCCAAAACUAAAUCGAAAAAUCCAAAUUCAGCAAUUGUCAAACAAAAAGGUCCUGCAGAAGAAUCUCAAUCCCCACCGAUGAAACGGAAAAGGAAAGAAAAUGGGCCAAAAGGAGAAUCUUUUUUUUCCCAAAAAGAGGAGCAAAAAUCUGCAGGUAAUUUCGAAGCGCGAACCACAUUUUUUGAUUUGCAAAAGAAGUCAAAUACAUCAAAACAAUCAAAAAUGUUUCUGAAUAAAGACACAGCUAAAUCGAAAACGAGCAAAAAAACCAAAAUAUCAAAUUCAUCUGCAAAAACAAAAAAGCAGUUACGAAUUGAUGGGUCUCGGAAAAUUACUAAUUCUGCAACAGCAGAAAAAAAAUCAUCGAAAUUAUCUGAAAAAGAAAGAAAGUCUAGCAGCGACGGAAUCGUUUUUGUUGGGGAAGUGAAAAGUUCUAAGCCAGUUUUUGAUAGCCCGAUGAAAACAAUUUUUCCGCCAACAAGAAACGUUGUAUGUGAUCUACCUGCAUUGGAAAACGAAACGAUUUUGUGGACGGAAAAAUACGAACCUAUAUGUGCUGUGGAAAUUGCUGGGAAUUCUUCUCAUGUCGAGAAAAUGUCAAACUGGUUGAAAGAAUGGAAAAAACGGUGGGAAAAAGAAAAGGAAGAAUUGGAACGACAGGAAAAAGGAGGGAAGAAUGAAAAGGAAGAUAGCGACAGUGAUUUUGACCUUGACGAAGAUGACAAGGUCAAACUGAAAAAAGAAGAAGAUUCUUUUGCGAGAUGUGGAGUCGUUAUCGGUCCUUUUGGGUGUGGAAAAACGGCCUCAAUUUAUGCCUGCGCAAAAGAAUUAGGUUUCAAAGUGUUCGAAAUGAACGCUUCGUCUCAGCGCAGCAGUAAACAAGUUUUAUCUCAACUACAUGAAGCGACUCAGUCUCAUCAAGUCUCAAAAAGUAAACAAAGUUUCAAUUUUUUUGCAGUUAAAAAUGACGUGAAAAAACCGUCCCAAAAUUCUUUAAUUUUAUUCGAAGAUGUUGAUGUCUUAUUUGAUGAAGACAAGUAUUUCUGGUCUGCCGUUCAGAAUUUAAUUUCGGAUACAAAAAGGCCGAUUAUCUUAACGACAUCUGAUGGAGGGAUAUUGCGUAAUCUGGACCAAAAUUACGAGAAAUUUUUGUUUGGGCCGAUAGCUGUCACAAAACAGUUGUCACGGUUACAAGAAAUUGCAAGAAAUGAACAUUUUUCUAUUUCUGACGACCAAAUUACAGAUGUUAAAAUAGCAAAUCAAAUUCUCAAAUGUGAUUUAAGGAAAACCAUCCAUAAUAUACACUUUUGGUUCAGUAAUAUCGCUACGAAAACAACGCAGAAUUCACCUAAAAUCAUAGAGGAGAAGAAAACUAGAAAGACAAGACGUAGUCGGGGAAAAUUAAAAUAUGAUGCAGAUUCUGAGAAGUCGAUUGCAGUAAAGACAUUAACGAAUAUUUCUAAUUUUUCUUCAAAAAUCUGCGGAAUUCAUGAUAUUCUUUUCAAAUCAGAUGCUGCUGCCUCAACAGAUCUGAAUUCCACGACUCCAGUUGCUCAGCUUUCUGAUAUUGGCAAAUUAUGCCAACUUUUGCACAAUUGUGAGCCUUCUCAAUUAUCUGUAGCGGAGGAUGUAGUAUCAAUAAUGCUGUCGUCAAAAUUGCCUCCGAUUAUACUAUUGAACUGGUUCUCUCUUCUGCCAUCAUGUGAUGAUAUGAAACCACAGUUUUCUGUUGGUAAAACUCCACUGGAAAUCCAUGUUCCUCCAACGUUUGCCGCAAGGGACGUUGAAAUGGAAUUUUCAUCUUAUGACUUCACAGUAGAAGAAAGUUUCACUCCUCAUGUACAGGAACCGAUGGAUUUCCUUAUUGAUGAAGACUCAGUUGAUCGGUGUUAUCCAGUUCAUGCCAACUACAACCAGUAUUUUCCUGUUCAAACUGGCAACAACCAGAUGUAUCCAUACCAAGUUAGUUAUAACCAGUUCAACCCGGUUCAAACUGGAAGGAAUAUCUCUCCUUAUGUAUAUCAACCAUACCCUGCACACACAACCUACUAUCAACCACAUGCAGCUCAAACAUAUUAUCCACAUCAAAACUAUCCAAACCAGCUAACUCCUGUUCAAACCGGUCAUAACCAGUCUCAUAUUCCCCAAAAUUAUUAUCCGCCUCAAAAUUGUCCAAAUCCUGUUCAAACCGGUCACAGCCAGUCUCAUGUCCCCCAAUCCUAUUAUCCACCUCAGAAUUAUCACCAUCCAUAUCCUGUACAAACUGGUUUCAACCAAUCUUAUCCAGUCCAAGCAGGACCUCACCUAAGCUUUCCAACUGUUCAGUCUUACCCUGCUCAAUCCAUCACCCCAAACUAUAAUGUCUACAAUCACGCUCAGCCUGCCCAGUUUUAUCCAGCAACAACUGUCCCUGGCCAGUAUUAUCCAGUUCAAACCAGUUCCAACCAAAACUUUCAGCCAUUUCAAACACGUUUGCAGCCUAAAACUCAUUCAAAGCAACUAAAUGAAAGCCAAGCACCACUAAAUGCUGCUUCUGCUAUAAGUCCUGAUCCGACCGGUUCCAACCAUAUGCGACCAGUUAAAACCAGUUCUAACCAGCAAAAUCAAGCAUCACACGUUGUGACCAACUCUGAUUCAAUGCCAAAGUAUAAAAAAGUUGCGAAAAAUAGAGCAAAAUGCGAAAUCAAAACUUUACAAGCUAUUAGCGAUAUGGCAGACAUAUGCUGUUUCUCAGACAUAUUCAAAACUUCAAUUUCGAGAACUCAGAAAAGCCACGAUGUUGGGAAUAAACUUCUGGACGAUACGAGAUGUAAAAUCAAAGACGGUCUUGGUGACUUUUUACCAAAAAUCACAGAAAUUAGUCACCAAGCUGUGGAAACAUCUUCAGAUCUACAAGCUGCCGUUCAAGUCAGGGCCAUGUCUAGGUGCUGUGUUGACUUUAAAAAUGCUCUUGUUGCAUUAAAGAAAAAUUUUGAGGAUUUUAAAACCAGUGCUGAGUUGGUUGAAGUUGAAAAGAACACUUCAGAUUCAAAACUUCCUGAAAAUAACGGUUUGAAGGAAAUGGCAGGUUUUGAGUCCAGUGAAAACCCUAAAAAGAAAUCGGAAUUUGUGAACACUUUGAAAAGAACAGAAAAAGAUUCAAAAAAUAUUUCCACUGGAGAAAUUAAUUCCGCAUCGAGGGAAGGCAAAGAUGCUGAGCCCUCUAACAUGAAUAAUCAAAAUUCAUCAACAAAUAAUGACUCAACAAUAAAACUAUUUGUACCAGACAGUUUGGAAUUACGUUUUCCGUAUGAAGGUAAAACACGAAAAAAUAACCAAUUUAUGCGACACUCCCUUCAGUCUCAAUUCAGUGGUGGGAUGUCCGUCACACCUAGUGUGUUCGUCAUAGAUUUUCUUCCUGCUAUCCGCUCGAUUUGUCGAUCCGAAGACGUGCGAAAAAAUUCGAAGAAAAAGCGAAGAUUUUUACAUUAUUUGAAUUCGAUUAAAGUUUUUCCGAAGCCAACAGAACUGAAUAAGCUUGUGAACGAUUACAAGGAAGUUAUUUUAGAAAAAUAAUAUUUUAAUCAACAAGGGACAACUGAAAUACACUUAUUAUAGUUUGCUGUACCUCUUUCAUCAUUCCCAACUCGAUGAUUACUAAUUCGUUAAUUUAAAACAUCGCGAGGAAUAUUAGUGGGAGGUUGGGGUAACCGGAAAAGGUUGACUUCUGUGUGUUCAUUGUUUAACAUCGCCAAUUCAGAAUAUAUCUGAGAAUAAUAUUACUUAAUUCCUCUGAUUCUCUUCAUGCUUAUUCCCGCUCGUGUUUUUCUGCCAAGCGAGUGUGAAAGAACGUCGCCUAUUCAUUGUAAGACAUCACCUGCUCUUGCAGUUGUGGUUCGCUAUGUCUAGUUCUGUCUCCAGAUUUUUUUCAAUUUUUAGUCCAAUUCAGUUUUGUCCAUCUUUAUUCCUGUCUGUUUUUUCUCCAGCGAGUGUCAGAAAACAUUACAUAGUUCUCCCAUCAAAUUGUCCUAAACCAACAUUUUAUUGAAUUAUUGAAACUUUAUUAACGAUUUUUUUGAGAAAGAAAUAUAUUUGUUGGUUGCUAUCUCUAGUUCUGUCACAGAAUCCUUUUUCAGUUUUCACUUUAUUUUGCUUCUGAUCAUCCUCAAUUCUGCAAAAUUUACUUCAACUCAAUUUUAUUGUUAUUGAAAGUUAAUAAAAUCGCUAUUUCUGGGCUCUGUAGUUAAGGAGAACGCAACACCAACACACCCUGUCGCUCACACUCUGAAAAGCAACAAAAAUUAUGACUCCCUGUAUGCUAGCAUUCUUUGAUUGUUGGUUGUGAAUGCUCAGUCCACCUAAUACUUUUUGAGUUUCGCUUGAAAAAAUGCCUCAGAUUUUUAUCUUAAUUGAAACCAUAACCUGGCCUCACAGAUGUGAAAUCAUCAUGCCACAAGGAAUAUCUUGAUUGAAAUUUAUAUUCUCACAACCCAACCCAUGUCAGCAAGUUUAGGAACUCGUUAAGGCUUAUCCAGAAGUGAGAAAAGCUGUUCAGAUACGGCAUUCUCCACCAUCAAAUCCAUGCAUCUGAAACAAAUAACUGGCUGACUAAUUCCAUAUCCGACAUGGACUGGUAACCAAACGAGUGGCCGAGGUUCGCCACAUGAUUAAUUCCGCUUUCCUAUCCUUGCAUAAAUGUGGAAAAUCUUACCCCAAAACUGUUCUCAACUCAAAUCAUUUUUUAUGAAUUUUAUAGAAAUAUACAAUUUAGUGUUUUUUGUGCUGUUGUGUUUUAUCUCGACUUUUGUUUUUUAAUUUCACAG